AUGGCCAGCAUUGACCUGUCAAAGUCGUUUCGGGAAUAUCUUCCUGACCUCAAUACACCGCGGUUUCAGCGUAUCGCAGAGUGCGACGCCUACAGCCAUGCCGCGGAGCUAAUCGACCACCAGCGACCCCCAUGGCUGUACGGCCUGGUUUCUCUUUGGUUCGAUCUUCUCAAGGAGCCGUAUCGUGGUGUCACGACAGACGGCAACCCACGAAAAGAUCUCUUCAAACUCCGCGAUGAGGGUGUACCAAUCGCAGACAUUGUCAAAGUUACGGAAAAUGUAAUUGCUCAGCUCAAUGACCAGCAAAAGGCCAAGACGCUGCUGCACGUUGACAGUGAAAAGUGGCGGACAUGGUCAAACCCCGAGUUCUUGCUGUCUGACAAGGGCAUCAGGCUGGAUGAGAUUACCCCUGAGCUGCGCGAAGCAGUCCUCAAGGUCCUCGAGGCCACCUUGAGCCCCGAAGGCUACGAAAAGGCGCUCGGCGCCAUGCGAGUGAACCACUUUCUGGGAGAGCUCGUCAAGGCCCCCAAGGUCAUGAACGAGUACUCUUACAACUUUUGCCUUUUUGGAAAGCCCUCUGUCGAUGCGCCCUGGGGCUACAGCUUCUACGGCCACCAUCUAUGCCUAUCGGUAUUCUUCUAUGGACCGCAAAUCAUAAUCUCCCCGUGGUUCACGGGUGCAGAGCCCAACUUGAUUGACGAGGGUCCUUACAAGGGCACGCGAAUCCUCUACGAGGAGGACAAGCUUGGUCUCCAGCUCAUGCAGAGUCUGAGCCCAGAACUGCAAAAGAGGGCCCAAACGUACGAGAAGAUGAAGGAUGACAAGAUGCCCAAGGGACGCUGGAACCACGACGAUCAGCGCCACUUGCUCGGUGCUUAUAGAGAUAACCGCAUCGUCCCGUACGAGGGCAUCGUGGUGGCGGAUCUCUCUGCGCAGCAACAAGACUUGGUGCUCGGCAUCUUGGAGCAAUACCUCUUGUACCUGCCCGCCCAGUCCCGAAAGCUCAAGCUGCAAGACUGCAAGGACUGGUUCCACGAGACGUAUUUCUCUUGGAUCGGAGGGUUCGCCGACCAAGAUUCGUUUUACUUUCGGAUUCAGAGCCCAGUCAUUGUAGUGGAGUUUGACCACCACAGCGGUGUUUUCUUGUCAAACACUGAACCAAAGAGAUUCCACAUCCACACGCUUUUGCGCACGCCCAACAAGGGUGACUAUGGUAUGGCCUUGAGGGAGCUGAGGAGAGAUGGUGCAGACAUCACCAAGGGCGAGAUCAACCAGAACUGGGUAUGGGAAGGGUAG